AUGAGGAGCAGCGGGUGUCUUACUGAAAUAUUCCGCUUUUUGUUUUCUGCCCUCAUUCCGUUUGCGAAACGAGAUCAAAUGCUAAGUAAACGAGCUGGAACACACAAUAGUGUGACUAGUGCAGUGUGUCGUCGGCAUGAGCAGCCCGGGCAGGCGGCGCUAGCGCAAGCGAUGCUUCGUUUGCAGCAUCUUGCGCGCCUGCUGCUGCUGUGUCUGGCGCACCUCUCGCCGCCUGGUGCGUGUGACGUAGCGGGCGGCGCUGGUUCUGUGAAUUCCCUGCCAGCAGCAGGGAACGCGCGCCUAGCGCCAUCUUUUGACGCGUCCACGCCGAGGAACGUCACCGCACUCGUCGGAAAAUCAGCAUACCUCAGUUGCCGCGUACGGAACCUCGGAAAUAGAACGGUGAGUUGGAAAUUUUGA